CUGGCCAUCGCACUUGAUCCAGUUAGAAAACGACGCACUUAUCUCGCGCUUUACACAGGUAGAACGGUGCCCAAGUUCCCUCUUGAGUGUUGUUACUGUUUGUGUCGCAAUUCUGCCAAGCAGAUAGGUCUCUCGCCAACACAGUCUUGUGUACAGUGGCGUACACGACAACGUGGCGACGAGGAUAGGACAGCUCCAUGGCUACCACAAGACAGAUGCCAGACGCCUUCUACGGAAAGAAGCUCCAAAUACGCCGUGAUUUUCAUAGCCGGGAACAGCGUGAAGAAGAGAGCAUUUCGGAGUUCUACAAGGAGCUAAUGUCGCUUGCAUCAUUGCAUGGGAACAUUCACGAUGGAGCUAUACGCUCCGCUUUCAUUAAUGGACUCCGUGAAGAAUGGGUCGCCAUUGAACUUGAGGAUAUGAAGGGCGGUGAUAUAGACACAUUUUACAAGAAGGCCAUUGAAUUGGAGGCUGAACCACGCCGUAGAAGAGAAAUGAGUCAAGGUAUUCCGGCGACACCUGAACCGUCACAAGAACAACAGGAGGCAUCGCAAGAGCAAGCACUACAACACGCAGACGCACCGACGGCGACUGGCACCUCGAAGAGUUCAUACAAAUACGGCGAAUAUAUUAAAGUUGGACCAGUAGAGGUACCGGAAGACAUCACGUACAAGAUUGGCCACGAACAUAAAUCACUCUGCUUGAUACUUAACUGUGAGGAAUUCCCUAAACGCUACCGUAAAGGAUCACACUUCGACGUGAUUAAGAUCAAAGAUGUGUUCAGCCGCCUUGGAUUCAAGGUCACGGUCAAAGAUGAUCUCGAAGCAAGCCAGAUGGAGAUGGAGUUAAAGAACGUGGCCACGGACAGGAAUAGAAUCAACGACGACUGUUUGGUCUGUUUCGUGCUAAGUCACGGGAAGCGGGGAGAGAUCAGCACAAGGGGUGGCUCCAUCAAGUUGCGAGGACUGGUAGACCCUUUCAUGGCCGAGGAAGCUGCACACUUUCGCAAAAAGCCAAAGAUAUUCUUCGUUCAGGCGUGUCAGGUGAUCGGAAAUGAUGAGAAGAAUGCUGAGACCCCCGUGGAGUGGAGCUACGAUAUCCGCUCGCAUCCCGAGCUAUUUUUCGCCUUUGCGACACCACCAGGCUUUCUUUCAUAUCGGGUGCCAAAAGAGGGAUCCAUCUACAUCCAAACGCUGUGCAACAUGUUCGACAACAGCAUCACGUUUGAAGACUCAUCUCCUGAUCUAGAAACCAUGAUGAAUGGCGUGGCCCGAGACAUCUCGCGCGAGUUCGAAAGCAAGUGUAGCGACAAAAGCCUCGACAAGAAGAAACAAAUACCCUGCACCUUUUCUACUUUGACCAAUAAGGUGUUUUUUUCGAAGCGUCCACAGUCUAGCAAUAUAUCUGGAACGUCCUCUUGGGACUCAAACACUUCCAAAACCAAUGUUUAUUAUCGAACACGCUUUUAUGCAGUGCGUCACAUCCCCAUUUUUUUUCUUUAUCUUAUCACAUCGCAUCACGCAGUGGUUCUCACCUCAUCAGGCAGGCGAGGAAAUGGAGACAACUGCAUGAAAGCUUGUACACCAAUAAAGAGUAGUUUUAAUGUAUCUAUAUUUUUGUCUCUAACACCCCCCCCCCAAAAAAAAAGGAAAGAAAAGGAAAAAGAGCAAAGAAGAAGGAAGAGCAUCCCCAAGACAUCAGUGACAGUUACAACAUGUACCCUACUUGCGUCACUGUCCACACUGUACUCGCGCCAUCCGUUGCCAUGUUGCCCUGUAUGUUGCCAGCGAAACUACUCCAAAGAUGUCUUAACCCACCCAGAGUUCAUUCUUGCUUAUAAAGAUGAUGGAGUAUCAGUGCUUUCGUCCACCAGUUAUGUUUCACAAUGCAGCCGUGCCAUGGAAACCACAGGGCCUGACAAAGGGGCGGCAGGACACAGGGCUGUAAGGAAAAACGACCCUGAUUACCCUCUGAAUAGAGGUGUGUGCAUCAUCAUCGAUGUUAGAAACCCUACACCCGUUACGAUACCGGGGUCUCGCAGAGGACAGAUAGCCAUUGGAAAACGUCGUGACAGCUCACUUGUGGACAAGCUGCAAAAGACAUUUGAGCAGUGGGGAUUCCAGGUGAAAGUUUAUGUUGACCCUGCGACAGAGGAGUUGUUUAAAAUCCUGAAAAAAGAAGCGAAGGACAACUGGGACAUUGUGGCCUGUUGUUUCCUGACAUUUGUGCACCCGAUGACAGGUGACCUGUGCACCCAGGACGGCUCCGUGAGCAAAAAAGACCUCACGGAAACUUUUGACGGAGCAAAUGCUUCCAACCUCUUGGGCAAACCCAAGCUCUUCUUCAUCCACACGUCGAAGAGAAGCCGAGAAAUGAGCGUAUGCAGCGGAUUCAGUGACACGACGUCGAGAAAUACAUUGCCGGUCGAGAGUGAUUUCUUCAUCUGCAUCUCGGGACAGCAAACAGAAGGCAAGGAGUCUACCGACGCAUUCAUUGAACAUUUCUGCAAAGUAUUCGACAAGUCUGCCAAGACCAUGAAACAACAGGAGUUUAUAGCGUUACUCCAAGCAGUCAACAGGGAACUUCUCAAUGCUGCAGUCGACAGGAGUGAUAUUCGGUUGCCUUCCCACAUAUCAAGCCUCACGAGGCAGUUGUACUUCCACAGGGUGUCUGAACAGUCCGGAUCCUCAACGAGAGUUCCAGGGACUGAGGAGACCAAGAAAGAGGCAACCAUGCACGGAACCCUGAAAGGAAGCCAGAAACAGAGCUUUUAUAGAUGACGUCGACACGUGUGCAGCCCUGCUCUUCCUGAACUAGAUAUGGAAUCCAUCUGCAAAGGCUCAAUGCGUUAAAUAUCGAUAUAAUAGAUUCGCCUGUAUUGAGUAUACAGUGUCAUUGCCUUGACGUCGAGCAUGCGACAACCAUGCUUUUUCUAUGAUCCUGAAUGGCACGAAUAAAUACGUGUACAUUGAGAAUUGUUAUUGAAUAAAAUAAGGAUUGAUAGCGGU